AUGGAGAUGCAGUGUCGCGGACGGGUGGCUGGAGCAAUGUGGCUGGGGCUGGUCUUGUUGGCCUGUGCGACACAGUCGGAAGGUAUGGCUGUGCCUGCCAGCAUGGAUGUGGUCGAUGCGAACAAUGGGACUACACCGUCGCCAAACGCCACAUCUAGCUCAACCACUGUCAUGAACAGCACUGCAAUGAGCACCACAGCGACAAACACGACAGCAGCGCCACCAACAACAACAGCGGCGCCAGGCAAUACGACAGCAACGACAACGCCAGUUGUGACAACGUCUACCACGGCAGGCAACACAAAUGUCACGACGACAACGCCCGCAGCGACCACCACCUCCACCAACCAGCCCAGCAACACGACAACCGCAGCUUCCACGUCUACGACCUACAUCGUCUCUUCUCACGCCAACUCGCACGGCAGCAAUGCCAAUAAGCGCAACGAGGGUGCCAUCAUUGGUGGCGUGUUUGGCGGAAUUGCUUUGCUUGGUUUAGUGGCCGUGGUCUUCUUCAAGAUGCGCUCAAACCCCUCUUCUUACUCGCAGCUCUAA